AUGAUCGGAUUGGAGGGCUGGGCCUCAGCUGCGGGCUCCAGCCUUACCAUACUUUUCUGCUUGAUCUAUAUUCCGUUUAUUCUCAACCAGAGCCUCCGCUCCAAAACCGCAACGCCGAGGAUCCGACGUGGUUUCGAUGACGCAAUAUGUUCAUGCGACGCCAGUUACAACAAUAAUUGCGCUGACGGACCGCCCGGACUGCCCGGACAUCCCGGAGAACACGGCCAAAAUGGAGCACGAGGCGCAAAGGGUGUGCCAGGACUCUCGGCACUAACCGCGGAACCUCAGCAGCUCGGCGAGUGCUUCAAGUGUCCAGCCGGAGCCGAAGGUCCGCCUGGGCUUCCUGGCACUCCUGGAGCUCCAGGAGAGCCGGGCAAGGAUGGUGAAAAUGGAAGUGAUGGUCCAAAAACUUACCCGGGACCGCCUGGACACGAUGGAUUCCCAGGAGAACCCGGGGCACCAGGCGAAGAUGGGGUUGAUGGAGAGCCGGGGAAAAAUGGAACGUUUGGAUGGCAAGGUCCCGCUGGAAAGCCAGGUCCCGCUGGUGAGCCUGGCCCCCAGGGAGAACCCGGAAUUGUCGGAGUACCAGGCAGAAAGGGAUCUGAUGGUGACUAUGGCAAGGAUGGACCUGUCGGACCACCAGGAGCACCCGGUGAAGCCGGAAAAACGGGACCUAAAGGUGCCCCUGGACCACCCUACCGCUGUGGCUGCAAGUGGAACUGGAAGCACCCCGCGAAAACGGCCGCUCGUUCAUUGGCCGACUAUCUGGAAGAAGAAGGAUUCGACGACGAGAAAUGGCAGCGUUAUAUGAAGGAACGGGAGCGAGAGCUGGCGCUGAAAAAGCAGAAGCAGGGCGGACCGGAAUUUGGACAACGCCGUCGGCCUGGAGAUGAAUCUGGAGAUUCCGGAGAUGAUGGUGGCAGUCGCGAACGACACAACCAGGAUUUGGAUGGAUGGAAGCGUACGACGGCUACCCCUGUUCCGGCGUCUGGGGCAGCUGUAGCACCGGUGACAACCCCGGCAGGUCUGGGCGAAGGGCCUGAAUUCGCGCGGCGCCGUAGGCCCGGAGACAAAUCUGGAGAUUCUGGAGAUGAUGGUGGGAGUCGAGAACAUCAUAACGAGGACUUGGAUGGGUGGAGAAGAACGACCACUACGCAGCGUCCGGAUUCUGGGGCCGCCGUUACCACAGCACAGGGACAAGCUCUGACCCCCACCGGUCAACGAGAAAGACCCGAAUUCGGCCAACGGCGUCGUCCCGGAGAUGAGGCUGGUGAUUCCGGAGAUGACGGUGGAAGUAGAGAACGCCACAAUGAAGACCUAGACGGCUGGAGGAAAACCACGGCUGCUCCUCAACCCGGUUUCGGUAAGCUACGCCAGCCUGGCGUCGAAUCUGGUGAUUCUGAGGAAGAUGGAGGCCAGCGUGGCGCUCACCAAGAAGAGGAGGAAGCCUGGAGACGCACCACAACCCCAGUACCCUAUACCGAAGUGAGUCGUGCUCCCACUUGGCAAGAAGUUACAACGACUCAGAGCUGGUAUAGUCGACCAGAAACUGAGGGUCCCACCAGGAAUCCAUACUUCAGACCGCGGCCGAGAACCCGCGGCUGGGGUGGGUAUCAGAGGCCGAGUUAUCAGGCGUCUGAGUAUGGAAGUUACCAACGACCUCGACCUCCAUACCCUCAGAAUUCCUAUGGUAGACCUCAAAGGCCGUCUUAUUCGCCGCAGCCGGAACCUCACUAUGGGAAUGACGAACGAAGCUAUAUUCCAAAGCCUUACCACCCUGGUAAUUUUUAUCAGGCUAAUCAGAGUCCCAAGGCCGACUAUCAAGACCAAAAGUACAUCCCCAGACCCUAUCAUCCUGGAAGAACGUUUUCGAAUCCCGAACCAGAGCCUCGCUACGACGCCUACGCUCGACCCGCUCCUCAGAAUCCCUAUUCCAGGCUACAAUAUGGAGGCGGGUCCGGUUACGAUAAGAAUCCGUAUUCACGAAACAAUGGCUUGGAAAAUCGCGGAUAUUCCCGGCCCACCAACAGCUAUCAACGUAACGCCUAUGGAAAUCCACAACACUCAUAUCAACGCCCCGAUCCCGAACCGUCUUACCAGAACCCCUACUCGCGCCCGAGCUAUGGAAAUAGCUACGGAAGACCGAAUUCUUACGGACGCCCCUACAAUGGA